AUGAGUAGCUUAUCGAAAGACUAUUAUUACAAACAACCGCAUACUCACCGUCCUUACACGCCAUCCUUUCGGAACAACGAUGAGAUACGCAUUUCGGUCUGCAGCCAAGAUCUUUACACCCUGCCUGGACAUUCGCUGAUUCAGAUCGAAGGAAAAGUGACUUACACCCCAAAAGCAAACGGUGCUGCACCGGACGAUGGAAAAUCAGUCAUCCUAACCAACAACGCCCUGGCUUUUCUCUUUGACCAAGUACGGUACGAGUUGAACGGUGUGGAAAUCGACCGUACUCGACAUGUUGGAGUCACAUCCACAGCCAAAACACUGCUCACCUGUACCAAGGAUGAAGCAGCUGCCCUCGAAAUCGCCGGCUGGGGUGCUCCUGUUUUCAACGCAGCGGACAAGACGUUCCGCGGAUCGAUACCUCUCGGCUUCCUCUUGGGAUUCGCCAACGAUUUCAAGGGCUACAUUGUUCGCAUGAAGCAAGAUCUCGUGCUCAUCCGCUCGCGCACUAACAAGAACAGUUACGUUCUCAAAGAUGGUGCGGAAGAGAACGCCGUCACCCUGGAAGUGGAGAGUGUGCAGUGGAUCAUGCCUCAAUUGAAGUUCAACUUGGGACCUGAGAAAGCCAUCUUGGACAAGGUCAAGAGUAACGGAUCGUUCCAGAUUAGCUUCCGCAGUUGGGAAACCCACGAGUACCCGCAACUCCCGAUCAACAACAAGGAGACCUGGAAGCUGAUGACCAGGAGCAACGUCGAAGCUCCCGACGACUUUGUCCUUGUCUUCCAAUCGAGUCGUAUGGACGACGAGAAGAAAGACGCCAGCAAAUUCGAUCACGUCCGGCUCAGAUCAUUUAGAGUUCACCUGAAUAGCACAUCCUUGCCGUACGAGAACCUCAACGAGAAUUUCGAUCGCAACAAGUAUCUCAAUUUUUACCAGAACUACUUGAACUUCAUCACAGAGUACUCGAACGGCGAGAAGUUGUGCGAACCCCCGUUGUCUUUUGAAAAGUUCAAGUCGGAGAAUCCAAUGUUUGUCAUGCACUGUACUUAUCCUGACAUUAUCAAGCCGGGUCCUUUGGACAUCCAGAUUGACAUGGAAUCCGACGUGAACUUCCCCAAGAACACUUCUGCCUACGCCAUCCUGGUUCACAACGUCACCUAUUCUUACAAAACUCUAACCGGAGAGGUCAAAAGAGUCUAUUAA